AUGGCAGACGAGGCCAAGGUUGCGGCGCUGGAGGCCGAUGUGAAAAAGUACAAGACGAUGGCCAAGAAGCUCAAGGCAAAGGCAGAGGCUGCAGAGGCCAAGGUGGCUGCACUGGAGAGAGCUGCAGGAGCUGGUGGGGCCGUGGCUGUUGUGGCUCCUGUGGGAGAUGGGGCUGAGGCAGCAGCUAAGCUCGCCGAGCUCAACAAGGCUCUGGAGAAGGAGAAGAACAUGGUGGCAAAGCUCAAGGCAAAGCUCAAGGCAGAGAUGAAAAAGUCGCCAUCGGCUGGAGGUGACAGCGGCGCUGGUGGAGGAGGCUCGGCCGGUGAUGCCGAGCUCAUCCGCAAGCUCAAGCUCAAGUGCAAGUCACUGAUGCAAAAGCUGGCCGCAGCUCAAAGCUCUUCCGGCGGCGAUGGCAGCUCUAGUGCGAGCUCGGCGGUGGAAAAGGAGCUGGCCAAGCGGCAGGCCAACCACAAGGUGAUCAAGGAUCGGCUGCGAAAGGAGAUGGCUGCGUACAAAGCUGCUGGUGAGAGCGCGACUGACGAGGACAAGAAGAAGCUGGCCAAGGCCAAGGCGCUCUACCGCAAGUCAGAGGCGCUCAUCGAGGACCUCUCGCGUAAGGCCGCGGCAGCAAGCCAUUCGGCCGAUGGCGAUGAGACCGCGUCGGUCGUGUCAGUCGCGUCCACGACUUCGGAGGAUAGCGACAAGUACAAGGCGCUGGCGGUCAAGUAUAAGAAGAUGUGCCAAGAGCUGCAAGCCAAGCUCAAGGCGGCGCAGAAGACGGCCAAAGCCGGUGGCACGGCGGCCGUUUCCGCCUCCGCCUCCGCCACCCCUGCCGCUGCCGCUGCCGACCCAGGCACCUCCGCAGGCGGGCUGGCCGAGAUGCCGUCGGACGAGCUGGCGAUGAUUGUGGUGAGCCAGCGGAAGCAGCUCGCGCACCGCCAUGAGCGGAUUGCGCAGCUGGAGGCCGACGUGGCGCGGCUGUCGUCGCUGGACUCGGACCUGGAGGCGAUCAACCUCGACCGUGACAUUGCCGCACUGCAGGCCGCCAACUACAAGAUUGAGCUUGAUACAGUCCGGCUGGAGCUCGAGGACUUGCGGCUGGAUGUCGAGCUGUACCGGGCGCGCGAGGGCGAGUACUCGCUGGCGCUUCUUGAGGAGGCUUCGGCCGAGAACCUUGCGGUGCAGAAGCUAUUCUACAAGUCGAUGGAGAAGCAGAACAAGCGGCUCCGUGACGCACUGGUCGACGUCCGCGAGGUCGCGGCCUCGGACCGUAACGAGUACAAGCGGCAGCUCGACGAGCUGGCAGCGGUGUCGGCGCAGUAUCCGGCGGCACAGGCGCGGAUUGUCGAGCUUGAGGACGAGGUUGCGAGCCUGCAGGACGACAUUGAGCACCUGCGCGACCAGCUUGACGCGACCACCGACGCCGCCGGUGAGCUGGAGGCCAUGGCCGAGGAGAAGCUGCUGGCCGAGGAGCAGGCAGCAGGCCUCCGGGCCGAAGUCUCGGACCUCAACCACAUGCUCGAGCUCGCCGAGAACACGAUCGAGGCGCAGUUGGAGGAGGAGAUCCGGCUGACCGAGGCCGCGCUCGAUGCCGACGCUCGGGCCGAUGCCCUGCUUGGGGACAUGGAGGCCAUGUACGAGCAGUUAGAGGCGUCGCGCGAUACCAUUGCGCAGUUCCGGGUGCUGGUGGCCGACCUGCAGUCGCAGCUGGACGCGGCGUCCGAGUCUAGUGGCGGGGCGUCCGAGGCCUCCCUCAAGCUCUCUGCGCUCAUGGCGUCGUCGGCGGCGCUGACGACGGCCGAUGGGGUGCCUGACACGACGGCGUUGGCAGCAGCGGCCAAGCGGGCGGCGGCGGCGCUCAAGGCGGCGGCGGCCGAUUUCGCGGUCAAGUCUGCGCGCCAGUGUGAGGCACUGCUGGCAGCGUGCAUGCCGGCGUCGUUUGCGCAGAGCGUGGCCGUCGACGGAGGUGCGGCGACACCGGCAAACACGGUGGCCAUGGUGGGAGUUGUCUCGCGCAUGCAAGCAGCGGUCCGGCUGUUGCUCGACCACUUUGAUGCCACAUACGACUUUGCAGCGUUUACACGGGCGGGUGCGCCGGCGCUACUCGACGACAUGCUUGCAGUGGCGCGGGUUGUCGGCCCGCUGCGCAAGCUCGCUACGCUGCUGACGUUCCUCGCGGCUGGCGUGGCUGCUGGCUCGCCGGCCGAGGUUGUGGCGCUGGCGGCGCGGGCGGGCGACCUUGCGCCGGCAGAGAAGCACCUACACGAGCUGUUGGACCUUGUGGUCGACGACGGGCUCGUGGUCGGGACGUCGCUGGAGGGUGUGGAGCUGGUGACCGACCGCGUCUCUGCGCUGCUGGCGUACUGCACCCGUGCGAGCCCUGACGCGCUCGCCGGGGCGUCGGCGUCGGGCUCAGAGGCGUCGGAGAUCGGGCCGUCGCUGGGUGCGGCGUCGAUGACGGCGUCGGAGCUUGUGGCGCGGGCGCCGGCGGCCGUUCCGCUAGGUAUCUCGCUCUCGGGCGCGUUCCGCGCCAUGUCGGCCGCUGCGGCGAGCACGCUGUUGCACCUCUCGGCGCUGGAGGCGAGCGUCAAGACCGGCGCGGUGCCAGACGACGAGGCGCUGGCGCGCGCGCGGGCAGAGCUAGGUGCAGGUGCGACGCAGGCCGCAGUGGUGGGCGCGGCACUUAAUGGGCCGGGCGCGCCGACAGCAGCAGUCCUCGGGGCGCUGAGCGGUGGGGCGGACGAGCUGCGGUCGUGCCUCCGGCUCUGCGCCAAGCUAGUCAAGAACCUGGGCGACGCGCCGCUGGACCUGUCGAACGAGGCGUGGACCAUGCUGGACACGGCGUUUGCGCUGCUGCAUGCGCUGGCCCCGGCAGCAGCGGCGGCAGCCGGUGCAGUCAAGGAAGCGUUGCUGGCCAACCCUGCCGAGGAUUUGGCGAGUUUGGCGGACGUGGUGGCGGCGGUUGUGGUCGAGCACGUGGCCAGCUCGGACCUUGUUGUGGUUCAGGGCUACAGUCUGCCGGAUGCCGGUGAUGGCGAGGCUGCGCGUGCGCUGCCACAGCUGGGUGAUGCGCUCUUCACUGCGUGCGGGCACGUCAAGUCGCUGGUGGAGGCGUUCCUCGCUGGCGAGUACGACGACACGUCUGACGCCACGCUGGGUGGCCAGGGCCCGAGGUCCGGCUCGGCAUGGCUGGCACUCGAGGAGAGCAACGACGGGAAUGCGCCGGGCGGGACGUGGGCGGUGGUGGCCAAGGCGUACCGCGCGGCAGUGGCCGAGGCCGAGGCCAUGCGGCCUGCGCUCGAGGCUGCCGAGGCCGAGAAGGAGCGGCUGCAGCGUGCGGCCAAAGGCCGCGAGCAGGCGCUGCAAGAGGCGCGAGUGCAGUCGGACGUGCUCGGCAAGCGAAUCGAGGUGCUGCAAGAGCGGAUCGACGCAGUCGACGAGCUCGAGGCACAGGUGCGCAAGCUCAAGGGCUCCGAGUCGACAUACCGCGAGGCGAUCGACGCGCUGCGCAAGGAAAACGAUGAGUUGAAGGCGGCGGCGGCCAAGGCGAACACCAUGUCGCCGCUGGCAGCGUUUACGCGGUCGGUGGCGGGCGCGGGCGGAAGCAACGAGGGUGGGUCCGCUGGCCCGUCGGCUGGCAGCACACCGGUGCCGGGCAGCCCCAAGUCGCCGACGCCGGACGUGGCCAAGGGCAAAUCGAUUCUGGCAGCGCUGUCAGGCGGCGGGCACAAGAACCCGAUUCUCAGCCGGGGGCGGUCAGGCUCUGUCGGCUCGGGCAGUGGGUCUGCGGUGAGCUCGACGGCACACAUGCGGGCGAUCCGGUACCUCCGGGCGCAGGUUCAGGAGCUCAAGGCGCAACUGGCGACAGCGACGCUUGCGGACUUGCCCAAGCUAGAGUAUGGGGUGGGCAAGGGUAAGGCCGAGGCGACCCCCGGGGCGGCAGCGCUCAAGGCGCGGCAGGCCAAGCACGCAUUGGCGCUGGGCCCGGCCAAGGCGCGAAGUGGGGCGGCGGCGGCAAAGCGAGCGGCGGCGCUGCAAGCGUUUGCCGACGAGGUGCAGACUGCACGCGGCGAGCUCGGCUCAUUGCUGCGGGAGACGCGGACGGCGCUGGCGCAGCCGCGAGUCGUGUCGCUGGCAGACGAGCAGGCGCGGGCGCGGUGGCUGGCGGAGCAAGAGUACGCGGCGUCGCUGAGCGUCAAGGCCGCCGAGCUCAACAAGGCGCUCGCUGAGGGCGACGUCGGGGCGAAGAUCGCCGAAGUGACGGUGAGCUCGGGGCUGGGCAAGCAAGGCGCGGCAGGCGGAGCGCAGUUGGUCCUCAACGAGGCGCAGUUUACGCAGCUAGCGUCAUUGAUGCUGGUGUAA